UCUUUGUAAUCCCUAGCCAUCGGAAGGGUACCAUGUGCCACGCAAAAGUUACUGGGCCCGUGUACGUUUCCGGCGUCCGUUGUUCCUCGAGCGUGACAUUUCUCUGGGGCUAUGCCCAACGGCGGUAACCGCUGAGUGGCGGUACUACAGCUGGGCGACCAGAGCAAGAGCAACCGUCUUUGUCAGACUUAUAUUUCCCGUUCAAAGAAAGCUCGGUUUCUCUUUCUAAGUAGCGCGUGUGCGCAAGAGGCUCCCGGUGUAUUGUGGGGCUUAGAGUUGAUCGCUCAUGCGUCGCUAGCCUUCGUUUGCAGGCAGCCAGACUGUGCCCAAGAAAACAUGGGAUGUCUUCAGCAUUAAAUAACUCAAUAGAGCAACCGUCACAGGCCAUUCAGUUUCCUCGCCAACUUCGUGAGAGGAAAGAGUGUGCGUGUGACGUUUACUGUUUUUAAAGUCACAUUCAUGUUCCUCACCUGUCAGCGCAUUUCCUCACACCAGAACAUCCGUCGUCAUUCGGCACCUACACCGUCCGCAUUUCCUCUGCUAGCCUUCCUUCCCUGAAUUUCUCUUGAAUUCCAUAUUGCCUUGAAACACACACCAAGGGGAUGUGUGGCACAUCUUUCAUUCUGUAGCCUGGCCUGCAGCAGCAACCUCGUUUUUGUGUGGGUGGCUGUGUGUCGCAUCAGCAGUCUCUUCUCUUUUCCUGUCUUGGGUUUUUUCUCUGUUCCACCUUCCUCUCUUCACCGCCUUCAUGAAGUGGUUUCGUUCUCGAUCCGAGCAGUUCUUGCCUGUCCCCUUCGUUUCGUUCUGUUUUGAUGCCUCCCGCAUCCUCUGCCCGCCUCUCUCUCCCCCAUGCUGCUAAGCCGUUCCUGUUUUUCUCCGCAUAUUCUCCGACAUGAAAAUGAGUGAGACGAAAGGAACACAAGGAUGCCAUCCAGGCUCUGUCUACCGUGUCGGCGUGCAGUCCGACGCAGAUCCGGACUAUCACAUGAACUGCCUGCUCCGCCGGCAACAAGCCUUCGCGCCUCCUCAGUUCGAACCUGGAGCAGAGACAAUCGAGAGACUGCGAGACACGCAUGUCCUCGUCGUAGGUGCAGGAGGCCUAGGCUGUGAAGUGCUCAAGUGUCUCUGUCUGUCGGGCUUUCGACGGCUCGACGUCAUCGACAUGGACACCAUUCAUGUGACGAAUCUGCAUAGACAAUUCCUUUUUCGGGAGAAACACGUAGGCCGACCGAAGGCUCAGGUCGCUGCAGAGGCACUGAAUGCUCAGUACGCCCACCUCCGCGUGCAUGUCACCGGGCAUGUGGGAAGGCUCGAGGAGAAGGACGAGGCUUUCUAUCGACAGUUUCAAAUCAUCGUCGCCGGCCUCGACAGCGUCGAAGCUCGCCGGUGGCUCAACGCGACGGUUCACAGCUUGGCUGAGACAGAUCAAAACGGAGACGUGGAGCUGCAGUCAUGCAUUCCGCUGCUCGAUGGAGGCAGCGAAGGUCUCAAAGGGCAAGCCAGGUGCAUUUUUCCUUUCGUCACUUCUUGCUUCGAGUGUUCUCUCCAGAGCUUUCCUCCACAGACCUCCUACCCUCUCUGUACGCUGGCGGAGACGCCGCGGCUGCCGGAACAUUGCAUAGAGUAUGCCAUGAUCGUUCUGUGGACGCAGCAGUUCCCCGACCGCGAAUUUGAUGGAGACAAUCCUGAACAUCUGCAGUGGCUCUACGAGCGAGCGAAGCAGCGAGCUGAGACCUUUGGAAUUCAGGGCGUCACGUACCGUCUGACGUUGGGGGUCACCAAACGCAUUAUUCCUGCCGUCGCUAGCACCAAUGCGAUCAUCGCCGCCAUGCUGGUCGAAGAGGCACUGAAGAUUGCGACGUUCUGCGUCUGCAGCUCUCAUGACGCUCGGAUCGCUGGCAUUGAUACUCACUCUUCGUCCGCUCCUCCCUCUUCUUCUCCUUCCUCCUCUUCUUCUUCCGCGCAUGCUUCUACCUCUGGAUGGAGCUCCGAAAGGAAAAAACCCGACAGUCCUUUUCAUGGCGACAGGGGGCAUAUCACACCUCUGCCUUCCCCGUCUGCUUCCUCGGUCUCCUGCGACGACGCUUCCUCCGCGUCUCUGAGUCAUGACAGAGACGAAGAACCGCCACAGGAAGGACAGAAACGCCUGCGCGGACGCGGCGCUGCUGCGAACGCCGAAGGAACGGAAGAAGCGCCUGGAGAGACAAGACGAGAGGAAAGCAGCGAAGGCCCUCCAAGUGAACUCUCCGGAGUCCAGAACUACAUCAUGUACAUGGGCGAGACAGGCGUCUACACGCAUACCUUUGAAUAUGCGAAAAACCCAGACUGCGUUGUCUGCAGUGGAAGAGGCGCGAUGAAGAAAGUUGUCGAUCCCGACGAAACCUCCCUGCAGGAUUUGCUUGAGCUGCUCUCACAGGAUCCGGCCCUCAACCUGAAAGGUCCCGGAAUUUCCAGUGCAACGGCUGUGCUCUUCCUGCAAAAGCCUCCCCAGCUUCGCCAGCAGUUGGAGACGAAUUUGCGCAAGAGUCUACGAGAACUCGCCGACUCAGGAAUGUUGAAAGAAGGCGAAGAACUUCUCGUCACAGACGUCGCGCUGCCUUCCACCCUGCGUCUGCGGCUCUUCUUCGAGAAGCCUGCGUCGGUCUGAUCGUUUUCUUCCGCGGAAAAAGCGACUCCUCUCGCGAGAGAACCUCGCUCUUGUUGGCCGCGCAAGCGUGAGGACCUGGCGACGCACAGGCGCGUCUGGUGCGAUCCCUCCUCUGCACUCUUCCAGAUUCACCCGCCUCUGCUGCGACGGUAGACUGGGUGCGCAUGCCCCUCCGGAACAACACAGACGACCGAGAGUGAACUUCGAUGCCUCCAAGGCGGAGCUACGUCGUUUACGGAGGGAACCUCCUUGGCUUCUCUGGAGACGGCGAGGAGGUCUGUGCCUGCAGCUUUCUGGGUGCAGACCUAGGGGAAGCAUUGCGAUCACUUUUUAGAGUAGACGCCUUGUUCAGUAUUUCGCAGACGUCUUCUCUGUGAACAAAGCGAAGUCUGAAGUUUCGUUCAGACCUGGCAGUGCGGCAGAAAUCGAGAACUUCGCGCGCGGUUGGAGCUCGACGUUGCGGACGGCAAAGGAUCACGGCUUGGUCCUUGCGUUUUUCCGGUGAAGACGAAACUUAGAGUCGUCCCAAGAACCUCGAGGCGACGGGCAGACAGAAGAGAGAAGAUCGACUGGAGACUCAGUGGGUGGACUCCGGCGUCGCUUCCUUGAGGAAGAGUUCCGUCAAGCCUGCGAGAAAACGAGGGGAGAAAAAGUUUGCAGAAAACAAACGAGACGUGUGAUGGCAGGGGCGCCUUUUCGAAGGCGAAACGUUCAGAAACAAGCAUGGGAUCCUGCGCAAGCCAGUGGAGAUAUAUCGGCGCGUCUGCGUCGUGCAGCUUCGAAAACAAAGUCGACUUCCGCGUGAGGAAGAGGCGAUUUCGCUUUUCCUGUUUCGCAGGAACGCAUUGGUCGGGACAAUGUGUAGACAAACUCUCGUUCGUGUCUGUUUUCUAGCGUCAAUCGCGGCGGAAAGCGGGUGUUCUGCGUAUCCUGUGGGCGCGUCGUUGGAAAGAACUUAGGUCCGGCAACCACACAAGCUACGCCAGCAUCGCUUUUGUGGCGGGAGGAAGGCAACGCGUUAAGCAACAAGUUUAUGUCUUGUGGAUGGUUUCGUUUACCAGCUCGAACACGGUGAGUGGAGGAGCGCGGUGGCCUCUGCAAGUUCUUGAACUUCGUCAGUCGCAGUUGCCAAGACUUCUCUCUGACGGUGUGAAGCUCCUCAGUCUUCCCCCGCAGACGGCCUCCAACUCUCCUUUGCACAUUUCACUUUCGAUUCAGGAAUCCUUUGUUCCUGGACUUCGAUCGAUACUCCUUAGUAGUGGGGAGUCGAUUGUAUCGUAGAAACCUAGAAAGGCCUCUUUGAUCUCGACAGCGCGAGACGCUUGGACUCUGCCGAGCUAGCAGAGCCGUCAGACUCGCGACAGACGAGUAAAAGUCGUGGAGUUCGAUACACACGGCGUACGUUUUGUUGGACUCGGUCUAAACCGCGAAGUUGUUCUCUACACUGAGACGACCAUCACCUUCUGCAUGCAAACCUGCAAGUCCUUGAUUUCGACGGAGACGCCUCAACGGCGAAGUUCGACUUCAGACGACAUGCCAGGCGUUCCCAACCUCGGCGUCUUCCUUUGUUGGAACUCGUCACACCGCCCAGUGGCGCGUAGCGCAUGUUCUGCAAGCGACUCCGCGAAGAAAUUGUACCUCUGGAACACGGCAGAGGGUCGCGUACACUCGAGUCUUCAUGCAGCUCUUUACGACUGAGCGCUCGAGCUUUUGUCACUGGAAGUGGAGCCAGCGGAGUGCCCUGGAUCAACGCAUCAAAUGUCGUCUGGAUAGCCUGGGAUGCUUCGUUUUAUUCUGUUUUUUCGAAGGGAACGAAACCGACUGAAACCGGCGUCUAUAGUCUAUGAGGAAGAAGAAGCCUGACAACGCUCUCCCGCUCUAGUCCAGAGAUCUCAGUACCCUUUUGGUCUGAAGACGACAGAGAAACGACACUGGAAAACACAGCC